AUGAGCUCGAUGCUCUCGAGCAAGCCACUGGGAGAUCGGAUCUCUGAUCUAGCACUUGAGCACUAUAGCAAGCUUCAAAUUGGUGGCAAACCAGCUCUACGAUCAAAUGGAGUUCAGGAAUGGACAGUUUUAGCCUGUAUUUUCGCAAUCAACGAGACGAAUGACCAUAUAAAGUUAAUAUCACUGGCUACAGGUGUGAAGGCUACACCGGACAAAGAGCUGCCAAGAAGCCGGGGCAAAAUACUUCAUGAUUGCCAUGCAGAAAUUUUAGCAAUUCGAGGGUUCAACACAGUUCUCUUGCAACAGGCGGGGCAAAUUAAAGCGUCUGGCAAGAGCUCUGACAGUGAUAUUAUAUGCAUAUGCCAGGGCCGGCUAAGAGUAAAAGAGACAUUAUCUUUUGCACUCUACGUUUCUCGAGCUCCUUGUGGUGAUGCAAGCAUGGAUUUGCUGGAAGACGAUGAUUCUGCGGUUUGGAACGAUUCAGAUCUCGGUCAAUAUGUGGAUCCGAAUAUAAAGACAGUAUUAAGAGGACGUUCAAACUACAAAAAAAAGGGCUUUGUGAGGACCAAACCAGGUAGAAAAGAUUCCAAUGUGACCUUUUCUAAGUCUUGUACAGACAAGCUUUGUUGUCGUCAAAUUAUGUCUCUAUUCAACGCCUUGAAUUGGGACUUAUUCGACAAACCGGUAUUUUUGAAGUAUAUCGUAGUGCCACACGUUUCGACAGCACUGGAGAAUGGGUUUAUGCGUGCUUCUAGCACGAGAAUGAAAUGUUUUGAAAAUGUUAGACCACUAAAACUCUUGUCAUGCUCUGAAGGUUUUCCCGGGGAUAAGAAAAAUGACUCUCAAGAACCAGCUCUUAUGGGUUUGAUCCAACUUCAUGUGUGUUCUACACUCCCUCCUCUUCAACAAUGUAUCGUAAACGGGGUUAAAAACGGUUCAUUUGUGAAAGCACCAAAACCCUUAAGAAAGAAUUGCGAAACCUUGGUCAGUCGCGCGCACCAGUGGCGAUUGUUUCGAGACAUCCGUGGUUUGGAAGACACCGCCAGUUACUGUGACUAUAAAAACCACCAAUUUGACAGAAACGCUCUUAAGCUGAGAGUCCGGCAAGCUUUAUCCAAGGAUGGAUGGGUUUGCACGGGACGAGAUGACUGCUAG